AUGGAAAAUCCAAAAAAACCAUACAAGAGAUUUCGAUACACGGAGGCGCAGCUACAAGAGGCAGUAGAGUUCAUCAGACAAUCAAAACUGAACAUUUCCCAAGCAAGUAAAAAAUAUGGAAUUCCGAAAAGUACUUUAUCGAAUAAAUUAAGAGGCAAAGUGCCUGCAGUGAGAAAAAUGGGACCCACAACCAUUCUUACAAUGGAAGAGGAGGCCAAUCUAGAAAAAUGGAUUUUAUCCAAAGCAAUGUUAGGUUUUCCAAUGCACCCAGACGAAGUUAACGAGUUCAACGAGUUUUGA